AUGACAGAGGAACCCACCGCCACAGGCUUCCUCACCCGGCUUUCGUGCCCCACGGAUGGUGGUGCAAGUGGCGCAGCUGGCAGCAUAUGCUACAUCGGAACCCUAAAUUCUUCGAUCUCUGCGGGUUUCAACGAGCAAGGCCGUUAUGUCGCCUGGCUGCGCAUUGUGGCGGAGGGGAGGGGCUUUGGGUUUUUGGAGCUCUAA